UGCCUAAAACUAAAAUUAUCUAGAACAAAAGAAAACUAAAUUGUUAUGCAUAUAAAAAUCCUCUCCUCUCAAUUACACAGGAGGAAAGUAUUACGAAAAGGAACUAACGAAAAUAGUAUUAGAAGCAGAUGGUUCGAGAAUAAUGGAAGACGACGUCUUAGAAGCAUGUUUAAACGACGGAUUUAUGUUAAUGUUAUUAAAUGCAGAGGAAGAGUGGAAGCCAGCCGAUGUAAUUGAAAUUCCAAUUGAUUCCAAUGCUUGCCACUCAUCAGCUACAGUUUCAAAACAGGAUACGGCGGACAACGAAUUAGACGUUCUAAGAUACCAAUCUGUUGAAUAUCUAAACUCCAGCACUUCCGUGUUAUCCGCCGAGAGUGAUGUCGUAAAAAAGAUCGAUGAAAUGUUCAUACCCGAAUCAUUUGAAAAUGACGAAUCGGAGGUUCCGAUUCUACCUUCUGACAUGACCAUAGAAUACACUCAAAUGUCACAAGUCACUGUUCCAAACUAUCCACUGAAGGAACUAGUACCGGAUUCACUGAAAUUAGCUAAAUUCGAAGUUAACUUUUCAAAAAUUCCAGAAGAUCUGUUCGCCAUCUUCGAAGGAAGUCAAACGAAUGCAAUCAAAGUAUCGGAAACAGAUUAUAAUCGGUUAGUCGAUAACUUGGUUGGACAAGUGCGAACAAUUUCUUGUAAAAUACCCUUUUCCGUAUUCAGACGUGUUGCUAUAAAUGUUAGUAGUAAAUACAAAAUAUUGAUGGAUGUAGAUGAUGAUGGAGAAAUUAUCGGUGACGGAUCAGGAAGUUUGGCAGAUAAGCUGAGAAAUCAUAACACGUAUUUAAAUAGAUCUCAUAGAACUGGCAGGUCUGCACUGAAAGAAAAAUUUGGCCAAAAUCAAUACAGACAGUGCCGCGUAGGAGUUGUCGAGAAAUACUAUUCUUGUGGAGAGCCAUAUUGCUCAAAAGAAGAUUUGAUAGUUCUUCAUCGGAACGAGGCAUAUGGAGAAACGUUUUUGAGACAAACUGAAUCAUACAUUCGUUUUAAAAUAGAUAAUUCCAACUUGCCAAACUUGAUUGAAAAUUUACCAUUUAUCAAACAAAUCACUGUACUAAAAUAUCACUUUGAACGUGCAACUGGGAUAAAUCCCACACGCUUUAUUGAAAAUUAUUUGUCUAAGCGGAAAAGACUUAUUCAAGUUUCGAGAACGUACAUCGAUAAAAAACUGCACAUUAACGACACUGCAACAGACUUGGAAAUUUUUGUUGGUGUUUCAAAAAUAUUGAAGGAAGAUUUUUCUACAGUCUUGAUCAGUUUUGAUAAUGAUGCUACCGUCUUGGAUACAACUACUUCAUCUCCUAUUCUCGCAUUAGUUGGUCGCAAUAUGUACUAUGUCCACACUGAAGGCACGAUUGUGACAGAAGGCGUAGACAAUAUCGUGGAAGCUGUAUUGAAUUUCCUCAUGUUUUUUUUUGUAUAUUUUUACAAAUAUCCUGCUUCAGUUUCAAAAACUUUAGAGUUUUUUCAGUUAUAUUUACUGAAACUUAAGCCUGAUAAAGGCACCAGAUCAGUUGCAACAAUAGUAGGUAAACAACAGCGACAAGUUCGAACACUUUUAAUCAAACUAGCUAAAAUUCAAUAGAUUUUUUCUUUUACUUGUAUUCAAACCAAAACUUGCCAUUUAUGCUUUCGUAGGGACCGGUUUGUUAACAUUAUUAAAAAAAGUCUUCGCCGACUGUUCUUCAACGCAACGUCAAAAAAUGUUUAAUUCUACUAAUUUAUAUAAGAAGACAAAAUCGUUUCAGUAAGUAACUCGAAUGCCAAAGCUUUGCUUUAUUAAAAGAUUUAA